UCCUUCAUAAAACAGCCUGCAGUCUUCUGCUCUGGUGAGUUUAGGUUUGUUUUCAGUUUAUUGAGAAAUCUGAGUCUCAUUUUCAGCACUGUGAAAGAAAGUGAUUAUUAACUGGACCUACAAAGUCGUCUGUUUAACUGAAAAGAAACCUGAAAUUAGAGUGUUGUUACUUUUACCAAAAAGAAAGUCAAACUCUGAGCAUUCGGACUGGAGAGAACAACAACUGCAGUAAAAUAAAAUGGCUUCUAAAUUUUCAGAGGAGGAUUUCUCCUGUCCUGUGUGCUGUGACAUCUUCAAGGAUCCUGUUGUUCUGCACUGCAGUCACAGUGUGUGUAAAGUGUGUUUGCAGCAGUUCUGGGAGACCAAAGGAUCCAGAGAAUGUCCUGUUUGUAGGAGGAAGUCAUCUAUGAUUGAACCUCCCAUAAAUCUGUCUUUAAAGAACCUGUGUGAGACUUUCUUACUGGAAAGAAGUCAGAGAUCUUCAUCAGGGUUUGAAACACUCUGCAGUCUGCACAGUGAGAAACUCAAACUCUUCUGUCUGGACGAUCAACAGCCGGUGUGUGUGGUGUGUCAGACUUCAAGAAAACACACCAACCACAAAUUCUGCCCCAUUGAUGAGGCAGUAACAGAAUGUAAGGAGGAGCUCAAAACUGCACUGAAGCCCCUACAGGAGAAACUGAAGAUCUUUACAGACUGUAAACUGAACUGGAGUCAGACUGCAGAACAUAUAAAGAUUCAGGCCCAACACACAGAGCAUCAGAUUAAGGAGCAGUUUGAGAAGCUUCACCAGUUUCUACGAGAUGAAGAGGCAGUCAGGAUCGCUGCACUGAGAGAGGAAGAGGAGCAGAAGAAUCAGAUGAUGAAGGAGAAGAUUGAGAAACUGAGCAGAGACAUAUCAUCUCUUUCAGACACAAUCAGAGCCAUAGAAGAGGAGAUGAGAGCUGAAGACAUCCUGUUCUUACAAAACUACAAGGCCACAGUGAAAAGAGCCCAGUGCACACUGCAGCAUCCAGAGGAGCUUUCAGGAGCACUGAUCCAUGUGGCAAAACAUCUGGCCAACCUGAAGUUCAGAGUCUGGGAGAAGAUGCAGGACACUGUCCAAUACACACCUGUAACUCUGGACCCCAACACUGUUCAUCCUAAACUCAUUGUAUCUGAUGAUCUGACCAGUGUGAGACUCAGUGAUGAGAGACAGAAACUUCCUGAUAAUCCAGAGAGAUUUGAUAAACAUUUCUGUAUCCUGGGUUCUGAGGGCUUUAACUCAGGGACACACUGCUGGGAUGUUGAUGUUGGAGACUGUACAUGGUGGUAUGUUGGUUUGAUGACAGAAUCUGCUCAGAGGAAGGAGAACAUAUUCUCCAGAAGUGGAAUCUGGGAUGUAUGGUAUUAUGAAGGUAAAUAUGGAGCAUGUUCUACACCACAGAAAUCCACUCCCCUCUCAGUAGAACAGAAACUACAGAGGAUCAGAGUGAAACUGGACUGGGACAGAGGAAAGCUGUCAUUCUCCAACCCACUCACUAACACACACAUACACACUUUCACACACACAUUUACUGAUACAUUGCUGCCAUAUCUGCAUGUUUUUGCUAAAGAAUAUUCACUAAAGAUCCUCCCACUUCUGUCCUCUGUAAGAGUGAAUCAGAUCAGUUAGAGCUCAUAUUGUUUUAUUUCAGUUUAUUAAUUAAAUAUUGCAGAUUCUUUGUGAAAGUUUGUUGAAAGUUGAAAGCACUGAACAGUUUAACGUGAAAAGUUUAUUAAUGUCCUGUGGCAUUAUUUCGAUUCACUUUGUCACUUUGUUACACACACACUCACACAUACACACACACACACAUAAAAUACACAAGAGAUUUUCAUUAGGAAAAAAUAACUGAACAAUGACAGGAUGUAUUUCUGUAAGUCUAGAAACCACUCAAAGUCCAUAAGGUUUUCUUUUCUUCUUCUUCUUCUUCUUCUUUUUUUUAAAGCCGAUUAUCGAGCUACCUGAUAAGUAGCUUUUUAAAAGGAAAGAACAAGUUUGACAUUUCCCUGAAGAUCUUUAUAAGUUUAACUCAGUUAGAAUUAGUAACAAAGUUGUACUUGAUUUUAACCCAGAUAGGAGUACUAAAAAAGUUUUGUGUGAAUAUGUUCUAAAAGAAUCUGUUUGUUUGUUGGUUGCAUACUUGACAUUUGUAGUUGUUUUUAAAGAACUUUAUUGCAAACAAAACAAGAACAACAAAAUUCAUUUACA